UGCCUUCUGUGCGGCCAUGUCCAACAAGAGCUCCGCCAAAACCAGCUUGCGGGUACGAGCAAGAUAUUCUCGGAACGAGGUGAUUAGAAAAAUGUACUUCAAGACAUCAUGGAUAAGGAACUGUGUCUUCCACGCAAGUGGGUAUAUAUCUACAGAUGAAUUAUGGAUUGAACUGACGAGAAAUCAUCAGUAUCCGAAUGUCCGAAAUAAAAAUGCGGAUUUUAGCUCUCCGGGGUCAUCAUUCACAGUGGCUAGGGUUAUGAAAGUCCCCUUGGGGUCCUAAAGGACCCUGAUGGGUUAAUAUUGAGGCCGAAAAUUAGGUUCAUAAGAGUGUGCGCUGGUAUGCCCAGGAUUAACGCCAACCGGCUGAGCCAUAAAGCCUAUUCUAUGCACGAACGGUGCUUGGUGCUGAUGACAUGGGUUCUGGACGUGGACCUUAUUGAGGAGCAUCUUGACCUCUUUGCCAGGGCUCUAUGCCAUCAAGAGAAGCGGAAUAAGUUCGAGCCCAACAACUUGCUUGCUGAUGAUUACCCGGAACAUUGGGUUCAAUUAGACAGGUUUUAUCACAGAUCAAAAGAGUAUUUCAAAACCCAUGAGAACGGACAACAUCCUUCCGAGGGGUGCUGUCUUCCUCGAGAUCCUCUCAACAUCCGGAACUUCGUGACUUGCUUCGUCACCCGAAAAGGAUUCGACGAGAAACACGAAAGAGCAAGACUCAGACAUUCCCCUAUGCCCCAUCCAGAUCGAGCACUAGCAACAUCUAACCAUCCCAGCGGACAUUAUUCUCAUAGUCAUAUACCUUCUCCCGGGUCGACGAGACUUCAAUUUUCUGCUGUUGACAUUUCCCCGACGAAGAUCCCAGAUCACACGGAUUUCACAGGUAUUCCGGCGCCGACAGUAUAUCAAUGACUAUUUUUCAUCCGAGGAAACGCUUCCGACAGUGAAGGAGAUGGGCGGAGAUUUUAUUUCAUUGUCGAUCAGAUGCUUUCCAACUACAUUGACUGGCUGAACCGGCUGCGAGUUAUGGAGAAUAUGG